AUGGGUAAAGGCAGUAAAGACAAGAGAGAUUUAUAUUACAGAAAGGCAAAAGAACAAGGUUAUAGGGCUAGAUCUGCCUUCAAACUACUACAACUCAACGAUCAAUUUCAUUUCUUGGAUGAUCCGAAUUUGAAAAGAGUUGUAGAUCUAUGUGCUGCACCGGGCUCAUGGUCACAAGUUCUCUCUAGGAAACUAUUUGAUGAGAAUAUUGAUACAGAUAGCGAGGAGAAAAAAAUAGUUGCCGUUGAUUUACAGCCAAUGUCUCCUAUACCUCAUGUGACAACUUUACAAGCCGAUAUCACCCACCCUAAAACAUUGGCUAGAAUCUUGGACUUAUUUGGUAAUGAAAAAGCUGAUUUUGUUUGCAGUGACGGUGCCCCUGAUGUGACUGGAUUGCACGAUCUUGAUGAAUAUGUUCAACAGCAAUUGAUCAUGAGUGCUCUACAACUUACCACAUGCAUUUUAAAAAAAGGCGGAGUAUUCGUAGCGAAGAUCUUCAGAGGCCGUGAUAUAGAUAUGUUAUACUCCCAAUUAGGUUAUUUAUUUGACAAGAUCGUUUGCGCAAAGCCAAGGUCAUCGAGGGGUACUUCUCUGGAAGCAUUUAUCGUUUGUUUGGGCUAUAACCCACCAUCUAGCUGGAUACCCAAAUUGGACGUCAAUACGUCCGUUGAUGAGUUUUUUCAAGGCUGUUCCUUCAAUAGGUUGGUCAUAUCAGACAAACUGUCUCAUUGGAAUGAAGAAGAAAGAAGUAUAGCCGAGUUUAUGGCUUGUGGCAGUCUCGAGAGUUUUGACUCAGAUGCGACCUACCACGACCUGCCUUCUUCGAUCGCGAACACUAUUUCGUCUUUGGACCCCGUUCAAGGUCCAACAAAUCCUCCUUAUAAGAAAGCUUUAGAAUUGAAGAGGAGUGGAAAACUUACGAGAUCUGUUUAA